CGUUCUUCGUAAGGCAAGAAAGAAAGAAUCGCCGUUGCUUCGCCUCGUAAAUCGGUUUUGGAUUUCAUUUUCCUCUAAAUUCUCUCUCUGUUAUUGACUAUCCGAUUUUUUCUUUCUGUUUUGGCUGUGAUUUCGAUUUUAGAUUUCCCCUAAUAAAUUGAGAAAUCGCUGAAGAUCAAUUAUGCAGCGAUUCGUUGAUACCGUCCUUGCUGUUACCAAAGAGUGAGUCCCUCCUCUUCGAAACCUUCAGUGCAGGUCAGUAAAGACAUUCACUUACGAGUCUCUGCAUAAUAUAGUAAGGCUGAUAAAUGGAGUAUCAGCACUCCUGUUGACACUGUUGCCAGGGAAGGCUAAUAUCCUUGAAGGUCUUCAUGGCUGGGAGCUUAGGCCAACUGUUCGUGGGCCUCGAUUCCCCCGCUGGAUGGAGAAUGGAGUGUCCUCUUUCAACAAAUUCAUACAUGAUCUAUCAGUGGAUUCUGAUUCUUCAAGUGAGGAUUAUUCAUCAGCAGAAGAAGAUAGUGAUGGAUUAUGCCCUGCAUCACCAUUAUCUCAAAGUUCACGAGUCUCGCGAGCAAAUUCUUUCAGGAAGAACAGCGGGUAUUGGGCAGGAUACACUACCCUCUUAUUGUCAUGGAUUCUCUUUCCUGUGAGGUUUUUGCUGGGGAUACCAUUAUUUCUUUGUCGUUUAUUUUACAUUAGGGGGUCAUCAACCUCCUUGAGGGGAAGCCAUAUGCCUUCACGAUUACAUUCUAUUAGGAGAGGUCAUAAUCCAAAGGAUCAUGUCAUUCAUCACACAACUGACAGGAGACGUGGAGUCAUUGAGGAUCUUCAUUUGGCAAUUGAGAUAUUCAUAGAAGCAAUUUUUGAUUUUUUCCACAAAGCUGCACAUUUUCUUCUUUCUCCAUCAGAAGUUUUGAGAGUACUAUACAGAUGGUUUUCAGGUCAGAGAAGUGGCCAUGAAGAUACUAAUGGCGUGCCAGAUACAUCUGUUCCCACUGCUACACUUGGGGAGGAUGAUCCAACUCCCACAGAAAGGAAAACUACUUUCCACCAGUCUCUGAACACAGAUGCGCGGACAUGUCAGGAUGUAAUAACAGAGCUUGGAUACCCAUAUGAAGCAAUUCGCGUGAUCACUUCAGACGGAUAUGUUCUUCUUUUAGAAAGAAUUCCCAGACGUGAUUCACGAAAAGCGCUUUACCUUCAACAUGGGAUCUUGGAUUCAUCUAUGGGUUGGGUGUCUAAUGGGAUUGUUGGCUCUCCAGCUUUUGCAGCAUAUGAUCAAGGGUUUGAUGUUUUCCUUGGGAAUUUUCGUGGUUUGGUUUCUCGGGAACACGUUGACAAGAACAUUUCCUCACGGAAGUAUUGGAGGUAUUCCAUCAAUGAGCAUGGGAUGGAGGACAUUCCAGCUAUGAUAGAGAAAAUUCACCAAGUUAAAACUGCAGAACUGAAAAUUAGCCAGCCAGAGCUUGAGGGAGAAAUGAGUGAUGAUCAGCCUUACAAACUCUGUGCGAUUAGCCAUAGCCUGGGAGGAGCUGCCAUGCUGAUGUAUGUUAUAACACGCCGCAUUGAAGAAAAGCCUCAUAGACUUGCAAGAUUGAUUCUAUUAUCGCCUGCUGGUUUCCAUCACGACUCCACUCUGGCAUUUACAGCCAUGGAAUAUCUGCUGCUUCUGCUGGCCCCUAUUCUAGGACCUAUUAUACCUGGCUUGUACAUACCAACAAGAUUUUUCCGCAUGUUGGUGAACAAGUUGGCUCGAGACUUCCACAACUACCCUGCAGUUGGAGGGCUGGUACAAACCCUAAUGAGUUAUGUCGUCGGUGGAGACAGUUCAAAUUGGGUAGGAGUAUUAGGAUUGCCACACUACAACAUGAAUGACAUGCCGGGACUUUCAUUCUAUGUAGCACACCACCUUGCACAAAUGAAACAUGCAAAAAAAUUCAUAAUGUAUGAUUACGGAAGUGCAUCUGCCAACAUGGAGGCAUAUGGAUCUCCAGAGCCUUUAGACUUGGGCGAAUACUAUGGGCUCAUUGAUAUUCCUGUUGAUCUGGUUGCUGGAAGGAAGGACAACGUGAUUCGGCAUUCAAUGGUGAAAGUACAUUACAGGUUGAUGAAGGAUGCUGGUGUAGAUGUAUCGUAUAAAGAGUAUGGGUAUGCUCACUUGGACUUCACAUUCUCUCACCAUGAAGAACUGUUAGCCUAUGUGAUGUCACGCUUGCUGCUCGUGGAGCCUUCUCAGAAGCAAGCAUUUAAUCAGAAGGGGUCGAGAUCGAAGAGAAAAGGCGAAGUAAACCAUGUAAUAAGGAGGACAAUGCUCAAGUAGUUGUGCUGCCUUCUCUGAAUUUGGCAUACUUAUCGUAUCUUUAGAACCAAAUUGUUGUACAUGAUUGGAUAGACUUUAGUAGAUAUAUACACAGUCCAGUCCAGUCCAGUGUAAUUAAUUAUAGAGUUAGCAGCAGAAAGGUACAAGUCUCGGUUGCCUUCCCAACUAGUUUUUGCGGGAGAGCAUGACUUGUCUCGAUUGGUUUACUCUUGUCAGAAAAUUGUAUCCUUGUUGUAGGGUGAUGUUUGUAACUUGUAUGAUAAAGGGACUAGGAUUUCAAAGAUCAAUAUCCUUAUCCUACACAAUGAUAAGUAUGUUCUAAUAUUGAAUAGGUUUUAGCAA